AUGCCUCGCCUCAACUUGCGCCAAGGUCUCGAUCGCGAUGUAUACGCCGUCAUCGCCAAGCUGGAAGAGACCAACGGUGGACCCUUCAAGUCGGCCUGGAAAGCCUACGAUGCGAUCAAGCACUCCAACUCCCACCUGAGCCGCUCAAAGAAGCGGCCUUUGGAGGACUCGAUCGAGCGCGUUCUCGAGUUUCGUAAGGAGGAGCUCGAGGACGACGAUGACGACUCGGACGCCGCCAUCGAGGAGGCCGAAGAACGCAUGCUGCCCAUGAAGACAGAGGAUGAGCGCUUCUUGCUCAAUCGCCAGAUGACAAAGCAUUGGAAUACGACGCGCAACACGCCAAAGACGACCGACGGGCAACCCGACGCGAAGAAGAGGAGGCUGCACGAGGAUGGUGCCGAGCGCAGUGGGACGGAGAGCGUGGCGGCCACAACGCCAAAGACAAAUGGCAACAAGGACGGGGAAGAGUCGGCCCAGAAGCCGAAGAAGGCGUCGAGGCCAAAUCGAUUCAAUGUGGAGCAGCCUCAAGCGAUCAUCGGCCUAGGCGGAAUGGCUGAUGUCGAGAAAGAGUUGACGGACCAUCUGCUGUACUCGCUCAAGCCACUCGAGUCGUGGACACAACCAACAUGGGAGCCGUCGGACGGUGUUCUCCUGACGGGGCCAGUAGGCGUGGGGAAGCGAACGCUGGUCAGAAAGGUGGCAGCGGACCACUCGCUACCGAUUGUCUCCAUCGCCCAUUGUCUCAACGAGACGGACCGUCUCGACAAGUCGCUCACCGAGGCUUUCGAUGAAGCCAUGCGUCUCGCGCCGAGCAUCGUCCUGCUGGAGGACGUCCACUUCUAUCUGGUCAAGCCCGGCAGCUCUGCGCACAAUGAGCAGCACAACCGCAUCGUCAUGGCCCUGGAGAAGCAGAGGAAGCGCAUGGCGCAAGAAUCACAACCGGGCUCCUGGGUCUGCAUCAUCGGAACGUGCCCUACCGCUGAAGACAUUGCGCCGGCUGCCUUUCCGCACGGCGUCUUCUCCGACGAAAUCAAGGUGAAGAUACCUGAUCUGGCGGCGCGGGAGGAUAUUUUCAGAGUGCGCCUCGAGAACAGGAACCUGGACGACGAUGUGGACCUGCACGAGCUGGCCCGGAUGACACACGGCCAUGUUGGCGACGAUAUACGACGCGUCAUUGUGCGUGCAUUGCGUCUUGCCGGUGCAAGGCAGCGUGGUUCCCGACAGUCACUGGCCAAUCUACAGGAGGAAGAAAACGACGACGACGACGACAUGGUCGACGGUGACCAGCCGUCAGAUCUUUGCGCCACAAUGGAAGACUUCAGGCAGGUCAUCAAGACAUUUGUGCCCUCACUGCGCAAGGAAGGGUUCACGGUGAUCCCCAGCGUGAGCUGGGACCAAGUCGGUGCCAUGGAGGUGGCGCGGAAACAACUACAAAUAUCCAUCAUUGGCCCCAUCAAGAACCCCGACCUCUACGAGACCUGGGGCCUCAACAGACCAGGCGGUGUCAUCCUUUGGGGACCACCGGGGUGCGGGAAGACGCUGGUCGCCCAGGCCGUCGCCAACGAGGCGCAGGCGAGCUUCAUCCUCAUCAACGGGCCGGAACUGCUCAACAAGUACGUGGGCGAGUCCGAGAGGGCGGUCAGAGAGCUCUUUCAGCGCGCCCGGUCGUCCAAGCCCUGCAUCCUCUUCUUCGACGAGAUGGACUCGCUGGUGCCUCGACGCAGCGGCGGCUCGUCAGACGCGGGUGUCCGCGUCGUGAACGCGCUGCUCACGGAGCUGGACGGCGUGCAGGACCGCUCGGGCGUCUAUGUCAUCGGCACGACGAACCGUCCCGACAUGAUCGACCCAGCCAUGCUCCGUCCCGGCCGUCUCAGUGUGCGCAUCAUGGUGGACCUGCCCACGGAGGACGAGAGGGUCGACAUCCUCCACACCAUCUACCGCAACCGACACAGCGCCCAGGCGGAGGACCAUCGUGCUCGCAUCGAACGGGUCGCUCGUGACCGUCGCUGCAAGAACUUUAGCGGCGCCGACUUGAUGGGUUUGCACCAGAAGGCGGCCGAGCACGGUUUGAUGAGGACGACCCAGGCCUCCAAGAUCAAGGCAGAAGUCACAGAGGAGGACUGGGAAUACGCCUUGAAGAAUUCAAAGCCCAGUGUUACGGACCACGAGUCCUACCGAAAGCUGGCGCGGGAGCUGGGGAGAGAUGCCUAG